AAAUCGUUACUCCGACAGCAGAUAGAAAGAAACCGGGUCAACCAGCGUAACUGUCGUGCCCGGCGUCAAGGCUACAUACGAGAUCUCGAGCAGCGUGUCCGGCGGUUCGAAAGCGAAAGGCUUCAAGCCACUAGAGAGGUUCAAGCGGCCGCUCAAUCGGUGAACAAUAUGAAUCAACGACUAAUAUGGAUACUCGAAUCACAAUUUGGCAUCAGCAGACGCCAAAUCGACGAAUACCUUUGGGGAUCGAACUUCGCUCCGGAUAUCGAGACACGGAGCCCUUUGCCGCGGAUGAAUUCAAACCGAACGUCCGCAAGUCCUAAGCGGUUACCGCAGACCCUUAUGCUCCCCUCUGAUCCUGAGCGAAUUUCCCAGGCCAAGACCCGCCUUGACCAAGUCUUAGAAGGUUUGUCGGUAGCGGGUGAGGAAAGUCAAAUCGACGGACGGGUAACACCACCACCUGGGUCCGAACCCGUAUCUGCCGUUGUCUGUCCGGAAUAUGCACAUUGUCCACAAGAAACACUAGUUAUGUCUGAGGUUUCUUUGCCUCAGUAUCACUCUACACCAGCUGACGAAACAGUCCCUCCAGAUCAGCAAGACAAUAAUGACAAAUACAAUCCUGAGUCUAGUCAUCACUUGCAUUGUAUUCCUGAAAAUCAGUCUCAAUAUACCCACGACUUGUCCGGAGAGCGCAUGGACGCUUGUGCCGGAGAAACGUCGUGUGAAGAAGCCGCAAGCAUAAUUGUGAGCCUACGGGGCAACAACGUUCAGGAAGAGGUAUGGAGUGAGCUAGGUUGUAGCGCAAAACAGAGCUGCCGAGUUAAGACUACCUCAGUCUUUGAGCUCCUGGACAAGGAAUAA